GAGGGGCCCCCCCGACAGCGAGCCCCCGCCGCAGCCCAUGAGGGCAGCGGGGGAGCGCGGCGGCGGCGGCGGCUGCGGCUCCUCCGGCGGCUCGGCGGCUCCGCGGCAGAUGCGCCCCGGCGCCCAGGCUCUGACGCCCAGCUCGCCCCGGCGGCUGGAGGGAGAUGCUCGCCCAGACCGCCGCUUCUGCGUGAGGAAGCACAAGGCAUCAUGGUGAGUAAGGAGCCCAGCAAAUGCUUACUCACCGCCUCGGACAGCGACGUCGAGCCCGCGGCUUCCCUGGCGCUGGAGAUGAAAUACGCGCUGGAUCCCAACCGGCAGAUCAAGAAACGGAACAAAGCCCUCCAGGUGAGGUUUAAGGAUAUCUGUGAGGCCCAGAACGAGCAGAGGGACAAGCAGCUCUCCACCUCCUCCUCGCAGGACCCCGACAAGAAGGAGGCCAAGGCCAUCUCCUACAAGACGGCCUAUCGCAAGUACAUGACAGUGCCCGCCCGCAGGUCCAUCCCCAACGUCACCAAGAGCACAGGAGUCCAGACUUCCCCUGAUCUCAAAAAGUGCUACCAGACCUUCCCUCUGGACCGGAAAAAAGGGAAUAUUCUGAAAAGCGCCGCGACUGUGGACACGUUACCGAGCGAGAACAACGGGUUCCUGAUUGAGGUGAAGGACAGGGAGGGCCGGGGCUCGGGCGAGGCCGCGGCGUGGGGCAGGAAGGCCGGCAGCCUGCAGACGGCCGAGUUCAUCUCCCACAUCUCCGAGCGCGCCGCGCACGACAACGGCACCGAGGCCUGGAAAAGCAGCGAUUUGCACAGUUCUCCCAAAGAGCCUCCUCCUCCACCCAACUUGGCCGAGCCCGGCGAGGAGGGGCCGGCGCGGCCGCCCAGCCGGGGCAGAGGGGCGGCAGCGCGGCUGGGGAGCGACGAGGCCGCCCAGCCCCUCCACGGGAGGGUCUUCAAGACAGAAGUGGCCACGGUUUACCUGCCGGCCUCGCAGCCCGACCUGCCCGGCCUGGGCGACUGGGGGCCGUGCCCCGAGGAGGACGACAAGAGGACGGUGCAGCUGAACGGGGUGCAGCCCCCGGCCGGAGAUGCCCGAGCGUGCGCGGCGCGGUCGCAGUGCCCGGCCCCCGAAUGUAGUGACCAGAGCCUGCAGGUCAACGUGGCGCCCAUGGAGGAGAGCCAGCCCUGCCGGACGGCCGUGGCCGUGAGCCAGGAAUGCCAACAAAUCGUGCCUCACACCGAAGUUGUGGACUUGAAAGCGCAGCUUCAGAUGAUGGAGAACCUGAUCAGCUCUAGUCAGGAGACCAUCAAAGUGUUGUUGGGUGUUAUACAGGAGCUAGAGAAGGGAGAAGCUCACAGGGAAGGGCUUUCCUAUCGGACCGGCCAGGACACGGCCAAUUGUGACACAUGCAGGAACAGUGCAUGUAUUAUCUACAGCGUGGAACUGGAUUUUAAACAGCAAGAAGAUAAACUACAGCCAGUUUUGAGAAAACUUCAUCCUAUUGAGGAAACUCAGGUUGCACCUUUGCCUUAUUCUCAGGAGAGCUACUCCUCUACUCCCAAGCAAAAAUCCAAAACUGAGUCAAAAAAGCAUGGAAGAUGGAAACUCUGGUUCCUUUAACCCAAGUCCAUGACGUGUGGAGUUCAAGGCCUUCUUUGACGAAUAUUUGGAGUUGUUUCCACCGUCUCUGACGGGAUCUUGGUGGAAGGAGCAGCGUCCUGGCCAAGGGCAGCGUCCAGUUCUCACCGCGUGUACCAAAAAGGCCUUUGUAGCGACGGACUCACGCCCAGGAGCACGGGCUUGGGAGCCCCCUGCCCACUUCUACUUGCAGUUUGCCAAUGUGGGAUGUAAAACCUGAAUGGGAAUUUGGACAAAGAUGGGAAGUAAAACUGUUUCCCUCCCCUCCUCAGAUCCAAAAGUGUGGCGCUUCAACCCGUUAAAGCGUAGGCCGGCAUCCUGCUCCCCCAGGAAUGGUGGAAGCCUUCUGGGGGUCUGGGUUGUUGUCUUUGGACAGCAACGAGGGGGAAAAACGACGAGCAAGCCUUAUGUUUGCAGUGGUGUUGAGUUUUACAGCUCCAUGUUGAUCGGGGAGUGCAGUUUUCAGCACAGAAUUCCUGGACAAAGCACAAUUUUUCCGGCGGCCCGCGGCCGCGCCGAUCUCCGAGAUGUGACUGUGGUGUAUUCUCUGCCUUCAUGCGAUGUAGACUCCAACCAAGCUCUCACAUUUCAACCUCAUCUCUGGUUUAGCUGUGUCCUCACCACCAGAAGAACCACUCUGCUGCUCAGCCCCAGCGGGGCAGCAGCCAGAAACCUCCCAAAAAUCAGGCCCAGCCUUUAAGCACCUCCAGCUCACAGGGUCCAGGCCAUGGGACAACCCCUCAGUGUCACCUUGGAAAGGUCUCACCCACAAGGAACAAAACCCAACCCCAAAACAGACCCAUCCCAAUCCGGAUUGUUGGCCUUUGCCAUGGGUUAGUAUUUUUUUUCUAACAGUCUUUGGAAAACCUCUCCACUGCUGCAGAAGGCACCAGGAGAUGUCCAGGCUGCAGCACUGCUUGGAAGGAGCUGAAAUUUGAAAUGCUAUUUAUUUAUUUAUUAAGCUGCUCAAAUGGGCUUCCUAGCUUAUUAUAAUUUAUAUCUCGAUCUAUUAAUUGUACUCAGUAAUUGAAACACUUAGGAGAGACAUGUGAAUCAGAUUUUUCCUAAUUUGGCUUGGUUUUUCUUGAAAUGGCACUUAAAAUUUUGCUCUGACUUAAAAACUGCAACUUUUCCUUUAAGUAUUUGCUACUGCCAUUAAACUUGCAUCUAAGAUGAUCAUUGGUGGAAAAAUUCCUCAUGCUAGAAGUGGCCAAGGAGUGGGAAUCUUGUCUUUUGUUUUGGUUUGGGAUUUUUCCCUAAGGAUUUCAGAUAAUUUGAAUGCCAUGUGACAAACUGGGUUUGAAAUUGCAUCCCCUGUAGCAUAAGGAAGGUACAAAUUCUUCAGCCUUUAGGUGCAAGGACAGUGAUCAUUAAUUUGCACAGAUCAAAAAUUUGGGGAAGUGUUUUUUCUUUUUCACUGUUUCUCCUCUUAGCUCAGCAUCCAAUUUACUCCUGAGAGGAAACUGGAGGAAAAUAACCUAAUUUUUUUCCCCUCAAAGAGCAAGAAAAGCAAAUUAAAAUGGGAAUGGAAAUGCAGAAAAUGCCUAUGGCCAGCUCAAUAUUUGCAGUAAACCUUCAAGAGGGCUACGAGUUCUUGCACAGAAGCAAAUCCUGAAAUCCUCUGGUAGGAGUUGAAGGAUUAGGAAGGUGAUCCUGUACACCAGGAAGGAAGUGCCAUUGUUUCAUGUGGAAAAAACCCCGUAUUUCGUAUUUUAUAUUGUUUUUAACUAAAAUAUAGAACUGUUUACAAGGCGGCCCACACAUCAUGGCUUAGAAACCCAAAUACUUCCAAACUAAAAAUACUUUUUUUUAAAGCAGAAAUGAAUAAAUAAUUAAAUAAAAAAGGGCGGAAAAAGGAAAAUACAGCAGUAUUCAUUAUCAAAAAAGAUUAAUAACUACUGCACUCCUCCAUGCUAACAGGCCUAGUGUUUGGGGUUUUUUAAAGAAAUUAAACCAAGCAUCUCUCCAUGGCAAUCAAUUCCCAAAUCCUCAGUGCCACCCCUCAGUAGCUUUGUGUGUGCAGGGACCCUGAGUGAUCCAGAGCUCCUGGAAUCAGGGGGAAAGAUGGAGGAAACUCCAGCUGGAGAAACAAAGAGCUCAAAGGGAAAGUUCUCACGGCGUGUUCUGUACAUGUCCAGGCUAUUUUCUUAAGAAGUUGCAAAUUUUUAAUUUUUUACAUUUUUUUAAACCUGGGGAAAGCUGACAUUACCAUAGAGUCUUGCUUCCAACUGACAUCUCGUGUUCUCUGGUACCCUCCGAUGUACUUUGUAAUAAAAUGUUUUUGCAAGUG